AUGCCGUCCCAUGCCCCGCGGGUCCGUGGGGGCGGCAUUCGGGGCCAGGCCGGAGCGGGAACCACAGGAGACUGUGACAUCAGCCGCAGUGCCCAGAUUUCCAGGAAACCCAUAACCCGCACCGUCCUGCCCCACCGGUCACUCGGAGCCAGUGAGGGUGGGGCUCUGAGUCAGGAUAUAAGACACCUGGGCCCGCUGCCGCCUCUGCCCACAGUCGCCCGCCCGCCUGCCCUCCAGCCCGCUGCCGCAGCCGGGAUGUUUCAGAAGCAGAUUCCAAGCUGGGUAUCCCACUUCCCGAGCGAGUCAUGCGGAAGAGAGGCAGAGGAUGCAGAGGGCACCGUCACCUGUGCCCCCCAGGAGACCACAUCUCCCUGCCACUUGCUGUCGGUGACGAUAAUCCGGAUGAGGAACGUGCGCCAGGCUGACGUGGUGAGCCAGACCGACUGCUUCGUGAGCCUCUGGCUGCCGACAGCCUCCCACGAGAAGCGCCGCACGCGGACCAUCUCCAACUCGCCGAAUCCCGAGUGGAACGAGACCUUCCGCUUCCAGAUCCAGACCCUGGUGGAGAACGUGCUGGAGCUGAGCGUCUGCGACGAGGACGUGUUGACUCCGGAUGACCGCCUCUUGACCGUCCUCUAUGACCUCACCAAGCUCUGCUUCCGGAAGAAAACCCACGUCAAGUUCCCACUCAACCCCGAGGGCAUGGAAGACCUGGAAGUGGAGUUCCUGCUGGAGGAGAGCCCCAGGCCCCCCGAGCAGCUCCUCACCAAUGGCGUGCUUGUGUCUCGCCAGUUGUCCUGCUUGGAGGUCCGUGUCAAUCCUAGGAGGCAGAGGAAGAGACGCAGAAGGAAAGCACUCAGCGUGACAGUGGACGAGUCCUACGAGCAGACCCGCUGCAUAUCGUCCCAAGUGGACCCCCGCUGCCCACGCCCGGAUCCAACCAUCUUCCACUACGCCAAGUACCUGCAGCCCCACGUAACCAUCAAAGCACCCAGUAGCUUCCGGACCUGCUGGAGGUGCUGCAGUGGUGAUCGGGAGAGAGAAGACUCUUCCUGCGUGGCUCUGGACAGCCUCCAGGAUGGGCAGGAGGAGACAAUUACUGUGAACAAGAACUGUGACGUACAAAUGAAGUCCAAAGACUGCUCCCAAGAGCUGGAUGUGCGCCUGGGCUUCAGCCUCUGUGCAGAGGAGCAGGAGUUCCUGCUGAAGAGGCGGCCCAUAGUGGCCCGAGCCCUCAAGAAGCUGCUCCAGCUGGAGGAAGAUCUGCACGAAGAUGAGGUGCCAUUGGUGGCCAUCAUGGCGACGGGCGGUGGGGCCAGAUCGAUGACCUCCAUGUACGGCCAUCUGUUGGGGCUGCAGAAACUGGGCAUCUUGGAUACGGCCAGCUACAUCACCGGCCUGUCUGGGGCCACUUGGACCAUGACCAACUUGUACAAAGACGCCAACUGGUCCAGCAAAAACCUAGAGGUGGCCAUCCAGGAGGCUCGGAGGCACGCGGUCAAAAACAAGCUGCCCGCCCUGGCCCCGGACCAGCUGCGCUUCUACAAGGAGGAGCUGCGCCAGCGGACCCAGGAGGGCUACCGGGUGACCUUCACUGACCUUUGGGGGCUGAUCAUAGAAGCCUGCCUGGGGGAUGAGAAAGACGACUGCAAGCUUUCCAACCAAAAGGAGGCUCUGGAUCGGGGCCAGAACCCCCUCCCCAUCUACCUCACCAUUAACGUCAAGGACAAUGUGAGCAACCAGGAUUUCAGAGAGUGGUGUGAGUUUACGCCCUACGAGGUGGGACUGCAGAAAUACGGCGCCUUCGUCCGCACCGAGGACUUCGGCUCCGAGUUCUUCAUGGGGCGGCUGAUGAAGAGGAACCCGGAGUCGCGGAUGUGCUACAUGCUAGGUCUGUGGAGCAGCAUCUUUUCCCUGAACCUCCUGGACGCGUGGAACCUGUCCCACACCUCCGAGGAGUUCUUCCACAGGUGGACACGCGAGAGAAUCCACGACAUCGAGGACGAGCCCCUGCUGCCAGAGAUCCCCAAAUGCGAGGCCAACGUGCUGGAGACGACGGUGGUGACCCCGGGCUCCUGGCUGGCCAACGCCCUUCGGGAUACCCUCACCCGCCGCCCUUUGGUGUCCGAGUUUCACAAUUUCCUCUGGGGCCUGCAGCUGCACACAGACUACCUCCAACACAGCCAGUUCUCCAAGUGGAGAGACACUGUGAUGGACAGCUUCCCCAACCGGCUGACCCAAUCCGCGAACCACCUGUGUCUGCUGGACACGGCCUUCUUCGUCAACUCCAGCUAUCCUCCGCUCCUGCGGCCGGAGAGGAGCGUGGACGUCAUCAUCCACCUCAACUACUGCGCCGGCUCCCAAAUCAAGCCCCUGAGGAAGACUUGCGAGUACUGCACUGUCCAGAAUAUCCCAUUCCCCGCGUACUCGCUGGGAGAUGAAGACGAAAAUAACCUGAAGGAGUGCUACCUGAUAAACGAGUCUGCUACCCCAGAUGCCCCGGUCGUGAUUUUCUUCCCGCUCAUCAACGGGUCCUUCCAGAAAUACAAGGCUCCCGGGGUGGAGCGGAGUCCCGAGGAGCUGGAGGAGGGCCACGUCAACAUCUAUGGCCCCGACACCCCGUACGCCACUAAGGAGCUGACGUACACCGAGUCCGCCUUUGACCGGUUGGUGAAUCUAUCGGAGUACAACAUCCUGAACAACCAGGAUAUGAUCAUCCAGGCCUUGCGCUUGGGCGUGGAGAAGAAGAAGCGUUGUAAGAGCCAGAGUCCUUCCCAAGAGCCAUAA